AUGUCGAGGUUAAGGUCUGAUGACCCAAACGGGCCCGACGAUCCAGACGAGCCUGACGAUCUAGACGGGCCAGACAACCCGGACGAGCCUGACGACCAGGACGAGCCCGACGACUCGGACGUGCCCAACAACCUAGACGAGCCGGACGACCUGGACAUGCCCGACGACCCAGACAGGCCCGAUAACCCGGACAGGCGCGACGACCCAGACAGGCACGGUGAACCAAACGUGCCCGACAACCCGGACAAGAACGAUGACCCGGACAUGCCCGAUGACACGGACGGUCACGACGAUCUAGACGGGCCCGACGACUCGUACGGGCCAGACUAUCCGGACGAGCCCGACGGUUUGAAAGGGCUCGUUCGAGUCUCGGGCACGUCUAGGUCAUCAGGCCUGUCCGGGUCGUCGGACGUGUCCAAGUCGUCGGACGUGUCCAAGUCGUCGGGCCCAUCCGAGUCGUCAGGUCCGUCUGGGUCCUCGGGCCCGUUCGGGUCCUCGGGCCCAUCCUAA